UAUGAUAAAAAUGCAGCGACGCCCAUCUUCACCAGGAUCAUCGCCGGUUGAGCUCGGAGACUGCCUGGAAGAGCUGCUCAAGUUCACGCUCCAAUCUCACAUCGAUGGAGCCCUAGAGCAUGAUCUAGGAUUAUCUGCAGAGUUCUGCUCCCACCUCCUGAAUGACGAUCUUCCUCGAUCCAAUUUAGAUCGCCCUGACGUUUCCAAAUUGUAUAACGAUCUAGCGUCGACUCUUUGGAAGUCGGUCUCCAAAGCACCGUGUCGGUCAUUAGAUGACUUGGAGGACAAAGAAAAAUGCAAGGAGUUGAUUACCCAAGGAGGAGCUGAAUUAGUAAAUGUUCUAAAGACAGUUAACUUUGAGCUUCAUGUUCAGGAGCCUUUCUUUACUCAGCUAAAAGAUGGCCUGAAGACAGUGGAAGGAAGAUGUGCUGCUGGUGAUUACAUUCGAAUUCAGCCUGGAGCCUUGAUACUUUUCAAUAAAUGUUUGUUGUUUGAGGUUCAGGAUGUUCGUCAAUACCCUUCAUUUUCUGCAAUGUUGGAAGCAGAAAGUCUUGAUAAAGUUCUUCCUGGAGUAAAAACCUUAACAGAUGGUGUUCAAAUAUACAGGAAUUUCUAUUCUGAAGAGAAAGAACAGUCCAAUGGUGUCCUUGGAAUUCAUGUCAAAAAAUCUGUUGUCCAGCCAUCCGUUGUUUUGUCCAGAAUUAUAUCUGGAUUAGGCUACAAUGCUAUUCAAAGCUUUCUUGGCUUUUCAAGCACAGAAGAAUCACUCUAGGAGUGAUUCGAACAUCAAACAAGUGUUCUUGCCUUGACAUAUUCGUUCAAUAAGGUAACUCGAAUCUUUCUUUCUCUUGAGGUGAUUCCUUAUCAUUUUGAGAUUAUUAGAUAUAUUGUAAAAAUCGUAUUCUUCAAUAAGGUUAUUAGAUCAAAUUCUCAAGAGUUGCAAUCAUCUGGAAUGAUUUCAAAAUCGACAUGGGAGUUUUAGCAUUUGUAAACUAAGAGUUCGCAUAUCUAGUAUAAGGGUUCUUAGAUUUAACUCACUAGAAUUAUCGUAUCAAGUAGACACUUAAACUUUUUUUUUUUAGAGAAUCCGAUACUUUAUUCCAUAUCUUUAUAUAUAGUUGUUUUAUUUAUGUCAUAUUCUUUGCGUUGAAUAUAGGUUUUGUCAAAAGUAUAUAAUACGUGUGGAACUUCUAA